AUGCCGUCGGUUGCGCCGACUGUGGCACAAUUGACGGCGCGUGGCAACACAACAAACUGCAGUGUAUAUCUGGGGGAAUGGUAUCAGAAGGAGGCCGAUCUGAACCGACAGUUGGUCGUAAGCUUUUUCCCCAGCGACAAAUCGGUCGAGUUGGUAGAUCUGAAAACGCGCAAAACCUUCCUGCGGCGCACCAAAAUCGAGGAAAUGUGCGAGAAUGAUUUCUUCAUCGGUGCCAAGUUGCUGAUCUUCGGUAAGCAGAUCAAUAUCCUUGAUUAUGGUGACGCCAAAACCAGAAGCAAAAAGGCCAACGAGCAACUUUCCUUCGGUUUGAUAAAGGCUGAUGCUUUACUGCACGUGGGGGAAAUACUGACAAAACUUCACCAAACCGGUUUGGGUGUGCGGCGGUUGGCGAUGCUAAAGAUUGACGAAAACUACGCUUCGAUGCUCAAAUCCGCCCGCUCGGAUACUUCAAGCCUAAGCUAUCUGAUGGACUGCAUGCCCAGCCAAUCGUUUCUAGCGCUGGAGAUCAUCGGUAACAAUGCCUACAACCAGUACCGGGAACUGUGCGGCCCGGAAUCAGUUGCUGAGGCGAAAGAAGUCGCCCCAAACACGUUCCGGGGGCUUUACGGGAACGACGUGUACUGUUCUCGUUCGCCGGAUGAUGCGGCCACAGAAUCACGCUUUAUUUUUCAGAACAACAACAUCAAGCUGGUCCUGCGGUCGUCGGCACUGUAUACCAACAGUACACUCUGUAUCAUCAAACCGCACGCCGUUCGCGACGGCAAAGCGGGAGAAAUAAUCACGGAAAUACUGAAGAAGAAGUUUACAAUCACGGCCAUGAAAAUGCUCCGUUUCGAGCGGCCCAACUGUGAGGAGUUUCUGGAAGUGUACAAAAGCGUCGUACCCGAAUAUGAGUCCAUGGUGAUGCAGAUGAUCAGCGGUGACUGCGUUGCGAUGGAAGUUACAAACAAAUACGAUGAUAGUAGCAGCACAUACCAAAGCUUUCGUGAUUAUUGUGGACCAAUUUGUCCGGAAGUGGCUAAAAUGACCAGACCCAGCACGCUGCGAGCGCUAUUUGGCAAGAACAAGGUACUGAAUGCCGUCCAUUGUACGGACCUAGAAGAGGACACCACGCUGGAGCUGGAAUAUGUAUUUAAAUUUUUAUGCUAA